AUGGAAAGCUCAUCGCAUUGCAACAUGUCUCAGGAGCUCGUAUUGAGUGCCAUUUCGGCGUACUUGAAGAACCAAGAAAACUUGCAGUCGUUGAGCAAGGCUUUUGAUAAGGAAGUAAAGAAAGCAGGCUUGAAAUUGCUCGACCAUGACGGCGACUUGAACGCAUUAUUGGCAGCAGCUGACGAAGGUUCAUCGGUUGAAUCAAGUGAGUCCAGUGACGAUUCUGGGUCAUCUGACGACUCUGGCUCAGAAUCAGAUUCCGACUCAGAUUCGAGUUCCGACUCCGACUCCGACUCAAGUGAUUCUUCUGAUUCUGAUUCUGACUCGAGUUCCGACUCAGACUCCAACUCUAGUUCUGAUUCAGGCUCCGACUCUAGUUCUGACAGUUCUGAUUCUGACUCCGACUCUAGCUCUGACAGUUCUGAUUCUGACUCAGAUUCUAGCUCGGACUCCGACUCCAGCUCCGACUCCAGCUCCGACUCAGACUCAGACUUAGACUCCGAUUCCGACUCCGACUCUAGUUCAGACUCAAGCUCCAGUUCGAGUUCAAGCUCCAGUUCGGAUUCUAGCUCAGACUCAGACUCGGAUUCGAGUUCCAGUUCAGACUCAGACUCAGACUCCUCAGCCAACCCCCGCCAACCCACAAAGCGCCCAGCAGACGACUCCCCCGCCUCCAACAAAAGAACCAAGACAGACUCGUCUCAAACAGAAUCCAUAGAAUCUUCGGGCUCCGUUUCUCCAGUUCCAGAAGAGACUCUCAAACCAGGCCAACGCAAGCAUUUUUCUCGUAUAGACAGAUCCAAAGUGUCGUUUGAAGACUCUACUCUUCAGGACAACACAUACAAGGGAGCAGCAGGAACAUGGGGCGAAAUGGCUAGUGAAAAGCUUCUCCAAGUUCGUGGAAAAGAUUUCACCAAAAAUAAGAACAAGAUGAAAAGAGGUUCUUACCGCGGAGGGUCCAUCACAUUGAACUCCGGAUCUUAUAAAUUCAAAGAUUGA